AUGUACCAGGAUCGCCUGCAAAAACACCCCACAUGCAAUCAGUGUGGAAACAAGUGGGGCGUCCCUGCUGGGCCAACUAGGCGUCGAGCAGAUAAGACUUCACACCCGCAAAGCGCGGAAACAAGAACCGUGCAGGAAUCCACCAAAAGCGUCAAGUGGGGUAAAGCUGGAGGCUUGGUGCGAAAGAUGUGGGACCAGCUACCAAUGGGAGUGCAAACUGUUUUCCUCGCAUCGGGGUGGAACAUGGAUGCCGUUAGCCCGCCGCCCGGCCUUAACCAUUCGGCUAAGGAUGCGCAGGGUCAUAAGGAAGGGCAUUAUGAAGUGGAUGAGGCAGUCCACCAAUUGUGGGAGCAGGCCGACCCCAUGCAGAGGGAGCUCCUGAUCCGCGUAGGGCUACAGCCACCGGAGGAGCCGCCUAAGGGGUUAGAAGAGCUUUGGCGGCAAUACGCUAAGGCGACUUAUGCCACCUUGUUGGAGGAGAUGAAAAGCAUGAGUCGCAAGGUCGAUGAGCAAAACGUGUUGGUGGAGAAGCUCCAGAAAAGUUUGCAGGAGAGGGUCCCCACACCAGCCGAUGUGCAGGAGGAUAGAGGUGCGGAGUUCGGUCUCCGCGGUGCUCCAGUUGAUGGUUGCCAGGAGCAGGGGUGGUUCCACGUGACCAAGCAUAGGCUCCUUCACGUCCUGAAGCAGGCUGAGUUGAGCAGCAUGUCCGAGCACGAGCAUGCCAUCGUGGACAUCGUUACUCAACUCGAGUCCGAACUGGAGGAAGGAACUCUGGCUCAUUGGUUGUGCUACCGCAUGAUUGACCUCCUGUCCAGGCAGGCGGAUGACACAGUGGGGUGCAUCGAGGCUUGUCGGGAUGUGAUUGCACAGCUCAAGCACGGGAGGAGUCCUUCCGUGUUUGAGUGUGUCAGCGCUAAUAUAACAACAUGGCGAAGUGAGGUCAAACACUGGGUGGCGGACCAGGGAGCUGGCGUGGCUUUGAUACAGGAAACCCGCGUUCUGGAAAAAGAUUCGCCGGCGAUGCAGGCUGGCAUGGAAGCGCUCUACCGAGUAUGGACCGAACCCGCUCAAGCCACUGGUCGGGGGGGCAGCAGCGGUGGAAUCGCUUUUAUGGUGGCUUUUGGUAGCCUUUACCUGGAAGACGGCCAGGACCCCAGCACUCCGGUGAAUGCCAAAAUCCUGGGAAGGUGGGAGGCAGGGCAAUUGCCCAUGAUGCAGUUUCUCCGGUUCCCGGGUGUGGUGGCCAAAGAGGAGGCUACGAGGUUUCUGGCCGAUGUCAGCCACAGUGUGGAGUCGUCCCUGCUGCUAGGGGGUAACCUUGCGGGGUAUUGGAACCGGAUCUGCGUCUGGUACGUGUCGUAUCCGCAAAAAACCUGCCCCACAUCAGUCCAAGCGAAGUUGCAGCAGCACCUCACGCACAUGCCAGAGAAGUGGCAGGAUCAUCCCGGCAUGACGGCAGCGGAGUAUGCUGACAGAAUGUGGGAGGAUGCGAUUCUCUUCUCACAGCAUCGCUCGGAGCUUCAUAGGGUGGCCAAAGAGCAGCUGCAGGCGGCAACCAAGGCAGACAGGCAGGACAUCGCGGUGCGCUACCAGGCCCAUGUUCAGAGGCCCUUCCAGGAGCUUGCCAUGGAGGUGCGCAUCCAUGCUCGCCGUCAGCAUUGGUUAGCCCAGGAGGAGGCACAAACCCUGCCCCCGAUCAACUUUGAAGGCGCGGUCCGAAAGUCUGCAAAGAUCGGGAAAAAAGCGUGCGGCCCAGACGAGUGGUCAGCCGACAUGCUUCGCAGCCUCACUCCCGAUGCCGUGCGAGUGCUGACUGAAGAAAUGAUGCAGUGGGAGCGGGAAGGCGUCCUUCCAAAGCAGGUCUAUGGGGGGGACCGGCACAUAGAAGCUGAGGCCAUUAUGGCACCUCCCAUUCGCACGAACCAGGGACUCGAUCUUUGGAUCGAUGACAUAGGCGUCCUCUUUGGUGUGGUCCAAAAAAAGACGGUGUUCGUUUGUACUACCGGAGCCGCCAAGGCGGCGGUUGGGCGGUUAAGAACGGCAGACGAACCGCCCGUGGCAGUCACUGCGACCGACCUGGGCUUGGACUGCGGAGGCGGUAGUCGGCGCAGAGUUGGCAAACACAAGGCCCGCGUUCAAAAGGCUAGGGGGAGACUAAAGCGGCUCAGGGCUCUGGGCCCAAAGGACAAAAAAGUCAAAGUUCGCUUGGUCAAAGGAUCCCUGCAGCCAGUGGGCAUCUACGGACACCAAGCGCCCGGGGUGACCCCGAGAAGGAUGAAAUGGCUGAGGUUUAUGUAUGCUGAGGCGCUUGGUAGAAUGAAGGUAGGCUCCGUCCUGUGUGUGAUAGAGGAGCACGCCCACAAGAAUACGGACCCGAAGGAACUCAUCGUGGCUCAGCAUAUCCAAGCACACAGUCGGCUGCUGAAACAAUGGCCGCAAGAGACAGAGAGCAGCCUGGCAAAGGCUUGGGCAACUUUGGCGGACACGUUGAAACAGAACAGAUGGCCCUGGCAGCGGGUCACGGCUCCACUGGGUGCUAUGCUUACCUACAUGCGAGACCUGGGGUGGCAGACUGACAGUCCCCGGUAUUGGGCCAUCGACCAGGCGCAAUACGAUGUGGCGUCCACGUCUGGAAUGCAUGCCAUUUUGUGGCAUCUGCGUCAAAGAAUCCAAAAGGAGCGAUGGCUGGACAUUGCCAAGACGCCGGGCGCAAUAGGAGUUGAAAAUGGCAUCGACUGGAAGGCCGCCCACAAGGCUCUCUUAAAGCUAGGGCCUCUGCAGCAGACCGGUUUGAAGGCGUUGUGGCAGGCAGCGCUCAAGGCCGGCAGCGGGGCGUGGUGCCAAAGGUGCCAGCAGGCCGCCACGAUUGAGCAUGUCUUGUACGACUGCACCAUGUGGCAUGGUCAUGAAGAGCCACCUCCAGAAGUGCGGGCGCUCAGGCUGACGGGCGCUUGCCCCAGUCUAUGGUUGCGGGGGCUCCCUCCUGCCAGGGAGUUCUUCUCUCAAGACUUGAAGGUGGAAAUCAACGGAGUGUGGCCGGUUAGGGACACUGCAGGCAUCUACUUCGCCACGGACGCCACUGGACCUCAGGACCCGAGGGCAGGGCCGGUGGUGUGGGGAGCAAUAGCUUUUCGCCUGGUGAGUAGUCCGGAGAACGAAGCAUCAGGUGAGCUAGUUGAGGUGGUAGCCUCUAUCACCGGUACGCUUCCGUGGGAGCAAACAGUUUUUCGGGGCGAAGCCGCUGCGCUCAAGGAAGUGGUUCUAGCACACCCGGACGCGGAUGGCAUGGAUAUAACCCUGGACUGCGAAGGCGUCCUUCGCAGAGUCCAGCGGCGGACACCAGGCCACAGCAACAGGGACUUGCUGGACCCGAUCCGGGAGCAGAAGCACCGGGUCCAGUUGACCUGGAUAAACUCGCACCUGGCGCCGAAGGAGUUCGCCUACAAAUUCGGGGCUCAAUCGGAGUGGCGCAGGCGUGCCAAUGGCCUGGCUGAUGCUUUGGUCAAGGAUAGGGCUCGUCGCAUUGCUGGGCCCGGGACCAAGUGCGAAGUGGAGCAGUGGGAUGCCGAGGUAGGUGCAAUCCUGCAAUUCCUGGGGUGGCGUGUGUCCCAUCUGCUCACUGCAGACGAGGCCGAUAAGGCGCAGGUGGAUUUUGAGCACAGGCCACGCAUCAAAAGCCGCAACCGGCAAGGCGACACUAUGCAGGCUUCUGCUCCCGCCGUGCUAAGCCGGAGGCAGAGGUUGGAGCAAGUGUUGCAGGCGGAAGCUGGCAGCGGCCAUCAGUGGCAAGAAGGCCACAGGGGGAGCACAAACCUCACAAUCUCCUGUAAGACCUGCAACCUUUACGUCCAGCAAAACGAGGAGGCCAAUGUCUUUGAACGAAAGCUGGCACAACCUUGCAUAGGAGAGGGUCCGAUCAGCAGUGUCAUCGACUGGGAACGCCGAUAUGACCCAACAGCCACUGCAGUUCCCUCGCAACCGGAGGCCAGCAAAAAGACACUUGUGCUAGAGCAGGUCAUCCCGCCCCCACAGGGAGGAGUCGGCUGGGCGAUCACGAGCGAGAUGCUCGACCAAUGCCUGGAGAUGCAUGAACUUUGCAACCUGCAUCGGGAUCUCACCCCCUUGGACAGCGACCUCCGUCGGCAAGCUAUCAACUGGGAGAGCCUCCCUGCAUGGUACCCCGCCAUCCCGUGCGAUGAGAUCUUCAUUUUCACUGAUGGAUCCUUCAUCAAAGGCAAGAGUGUGGCCACCUGGGCAUUAGUGGUUGUCGCAAGGCAAGGCCAACACAUAGGUACUGUCGGGUUUGUUGCCGGCCAGGCUCAGACACCUGGCACACAGGAGCCUUCUGCUUACCAAGGUGAGUUAGCAGGUCUGCUGCACGCCGCGGCCCUUGCCUGUAAGACGCAUUGCCCUAUAGUGCACAUAGGCAGCGACUGCCAGUCAGCUUUGCUUGUUGGCACAGGGGCGGCGGCGGCCCAGAUGUCAGACUCGGCCGCGCGUGCCACCCAGGCACUGACCCAUUUGGCCGGUAUCCGGGGCACCCUGCUUCUGUGGCAUAAAGUUGAGGCUCAUUGCGGAUGCGCUUUCAACGAACUGGCAGACGCCCUCGCUAAGCAGGCGGGGCGACUCAAAGGGCGGAGCCCGUGGCCCUGCGAAACUCCUAGUUUUGAUGCUGCCGUCCAGGAGCACCUGCUCGAGAAGCUGUGGCUGUCAUGCCACUGUAUCCCCGGCAUACCUUGUCUUCUGCCCAGCGGACAGUGGCCAGCGACCUCCGGUAACCCAGUGCUACAGCAGUGCGACCCUUGCCCAGCCGGGUUCGCCGACGGGCCACCGCCCCAGGACCUUUGCCACCUGAACAUGCGUGUUGUGCAGUACAAUGCCCUCUCCCUUCGUGGCGGGGCGGCCAUGGCACUGAUUGCCAAGGGUUUGAGACACAACAACAUCGCGAUUGCCGGCUUCCAAGAGACUCGGCAGGGGCAAACGGGCUUCAGUACCCACGAGGGCUGGUGGAUCCUCAGUGCCAGUUGUACAGACAAAGGGGUCGGGGGCACCCAGGUGUGGAUUAAUCCCAAUCAUGCAGGACUUACUUGGGAGCGCAAAUGCAUUUCUGUCUUCCACGCCUCGCCGCAGAUUCUGGUAGUGCUUUCCAGGGUCAACGGGCUGGACCUGGCCAUUGUCAGCGCUCACGCGCCUCCGGCGACCAGCCCGGAAGAAGUCCUCGACGAGUGGUGGGGCACCUUGGCCCGGAUCCUGGCGCGGAUCCCCUCACGCUUUACGCUACUUCAAUGCAUUGAUGCCAAUGCCAGAUUCCACCCCGACCCAGCACGCCGGGCUACCCUCGAGAGCGCGCCAAUCUGUGGGAACGCUCGGAGGCUAAGGCAGCAUGCUUUCACUACGGAGGCCGAGGUAACAGAUCUUUUCUCGCAGAGCGGUAAAAAAUUGAUCUCGUGGCGCAGCCCUGCGGGGCAGUCCUCUCUCCUGGACUACAUCCUCUUCCCGAGGGGCUGGAAGGCCGCGGCCACCACUGAGGACACACCUGACCUCCAGGACCUUCACGGCGACAUUGACCAUGCGCCAGUCCUACUCACCCUGGAUGUUCGCUGUGCUACACGCCGGGGAGCCGCGGAACCUCGUAUCGACGUCACUGCACUCCAGACACCGGCAGGGCAAGCAAUCGCCAGAAGGGCCUUGGAGACAGUUCCCCCCAUCCCGUGGGAGGUAUGCAGCACGCAGCACCUGGACCACAUCCACCGGCAUAUCCUGCAGGCUCUCCAGGAGCUACCAAAAGCCCCGCCAAAGCCACGCAAUCCUGCGUACACGCCCGCUACUUUGGAACUGGUGCUCCGGAAGCGACACAUCCGCAGGUGCCUACGCACGGUCCGACAGCGCGGCGAAGCCCUGCAGCCUGGCCCGCAGGGCCAGCAGGGGGCGGGAGACAGCCAGGAUAGGCAGGAUAGGUUCGAGGCGCAGGUGCGGCAACAUAGCCGCAACGAGGAAAGCUGGGUCCGCUUGCUCCGAGAUGUGUCUGAUGCGCUCUUCCUUUCCAUGCAGCAGGACCGAGCAGAAUUUGCGCGGGCUGCCAUAGCCAAUGCACGUGAGGCGGGUACCCGCGAGUUCGCGUACAAGCUCCGGGCUGUUCUGAGGACGGGGAGACGUUUCCGCAGUCCCCCGCUUGUUCCGGUCUUCAAUAGGGAGGACGGUGUCACGGCGGGGCGAGAGCCUGUUUUGGAUGCCUUCGCCGACUUCUUUUCGCGACCUGAGCGAGCACGACCGGUUGCACGGCAGAGCCUCUACAGCUCGCAAAACAGCCCAAACCCACAGCAGCUCAGGGAUGCAAGCGACAUGCCAAGCGUUGUGCAACUCUCCAGUGCCAUUGCACGCCUCAAGCGCGGCAAGGCACCUGGCAUCUCCAAGAUACCAGCUGAGGUGUUGCAAAGCAGCCCGCUUGCCAGCGCAAAAGCUAUAUGGCCGGUCAUGGCCAAAGCUCUGACAAGGGACCCAAUGCCCUUCCAGUGGAGAGGAGGGAUGGCGACGGCUAUUCCAAAGCCGGGCAAAGAUGGGUCCCUGCCUCAAGGAUACCGCUCGGUGAUGCUUCUGGAGCCGUCCGCUAAAGCGGUGCAAACCGCUUUCCGGCCGUCCAUUCAGGAGGCCUUUGUUGCCCUCCGCACCCCCCUUCAUUAUGGAGGGCUCUCCGGAGCGCCCAUCACCCUGCCAGCUUCAUGUGCCAGAGCCCACCUGCAGUUUCUUAACACAAAGGGCCUAUGCGGGGGCGCAGUUUUCAUAGACUGCGCGUCCGCCUACUACAGCGUGGCACGCGAAAUUCUCGCAGCACGGCCCGAGCAGAUCCGAGAUGACCAGUGGGCGCAGGCUCGCGCCGCCUUCUUUUUUACAGAUGUGCCGAGCCAACUGGCCUUUAUACGGGCGCUCAGAUCCCACACGGCGGCAGCCACGCUCGCGGAAAAUCCACUCUUGGCACACUUUCUUGCCAAGCAGUUGGAUGGCACGUGGUUCGUCACCAGGACGGACACGCAGGUCAUCAUGAAGGCCGAGAGCGGUACAGCCCCCGGAUCACCGAUCGCCGGCAUCCUUUUUGGGAUUGUCUUCCAGCGUUUCCUCCGCGACAUUAACGCCACGCUGGAAAAGGGGAACUACCGGGCCUUUGCGUCCUUUACGGGCGACACACAGCCAGACCUGUCUGCGCCUACUUGGGCGGACGAUGUGUGUGUUUUGUUCCAGACGGCUACUCCCGAGGCUGCCCCGGAGGCUGUGAAGGAGAUCCUCUGCCAUGUUGUGGCUGCAAUGAGAGUCCAGGGACUCGAGGCGAAUAUGGGCCCCGGAAAGACCGAGGCAAUGCUGGUGUUGCAUGGAGAAGGCUCACGCCAAGUCCGCCGGGCCCUUUUCUGCACUGAGAACCCAAGCGUCGCUUUCCAGGGGGCGCAUGGGGCCAUGGAGGUGCGCCUCACUUCUGAAUACACUCACCUCGGCUGCACGCUUCGAGCAGAUGGCACCGAACUCCCCUGCCUCCGUCACCGGGAACAGCAGGCGAUGCAGAUCUACCGCCCGCUCAGGAAACGCCUCCUGACGAACCCUUUUCUGACCGUUAGGGAAAAGACAGACUUGAUCCGGUCCCGGGUUCUGCCCUCCUUUUUGCACGGAGCGGGGAUGCUAACCCUCCGAAACACCAAGGAUAAGGACAAGUUCGAGGACACGAUCUUCAAAAUCUAUAGGGGGUCUUUUAGGCCCAUCCUCGGGGUUUCCUGCCAGGGCUACACUAACACCGAAAUAGUGGCCGCACUCGGAUACGCCACACCAUCCGAGUUGCUCACCGUGGCAAGGGCACGAACCCUGGCGGAGCUCGCUAAGGCCAAUCUGCAACCUGUGCUGCGCUGCCUUGAAUCGGCCGCCCUCUGA